CCGUACGCGCGUGCCGUAGCGAUAGCACUGCAGAGAGCUCGUAAACGUGCUCCAGCUUCAUCGACAAAAUCUAUCAAAUAAAGGUACAUACACUGAAUAUAGACCAAAGAUGUCUUCAGUAACAGCACAGACUCAAGCACAACAAGCAGGGAAUUCCAAGGAACAGGAAGAAAUGGAUGAGGAUGAAAUGGGUACAACAGAUGCCGACACCAGCUCGUGGGAGAGCGAACCGCAUACUGCCAGAAGCUCUAGGAAAUACCACCCUGUCAAAGGAGAACACACUGCAGUGGUCUCUGAGGAUGAGGAUGACGAUCAGGAACCCUUAACAAAUGGAGGCAUCCCUGAAAAUCAUGCCUUUGGCGAUCAAGAGUUGCUCUCAUCUCAGUACUUGAGGAAGACCUUUGGGCUUGAGCGAUCAGGGAAGCAGGAUGGUCAGCAGGGUAAAAAGGAAGGUGAAAAAUCAGGACAGACUCAAGAGAAACCAAAAGACACUGGAGUCCGAAAUGGAUUUCAAAGGGACGGACAGACUUCUGAUGAUGCUGGUCAAGACAGAAGUGAGAGCGAGAAUGAUGACUCACUGGAUCAACAUCAGCAGGACACAGAAGACAUCAUUGAAGAGAUUGAUCUCACUAAAGAGCCGAAACCUUCAAUGUUUGGGAGAGGAGCACCGGGGAUGGCACAGGCUAAGUUUGUAUUCAUGCCAUCUCUCGGGCCAUUCGGCUCAAGCCCCUUCGGCUCUCUGAUGACAGGUCUGCUGUCGAGUGAUGGAGACGGAUUUGAGAACGAUGCUGACGUGUCCAGCCAGUCCGAGGCAGAGGAGGCAAGGCUGCCAAGAGCGAAGCCCCAGAUCUCUCCGGGUCUGGACAGGAGGGGCCAGCAAGAGAGGUGGGAGCAUCUCUUUGGGAUGCUGGAGCAGCAGCACAGGCAGCAGGUGAUCUUGCAGAGGGAGCACCACGAGCGACAGGUCCAGCUACUCCAGGCGCAACUUGCUAGUCUCACCCAAGAGCAGGAGGACCUCAUCACCAAGCAACACCAGGAACCUCUGGGAUAUGGUACCAAGUCAGCCCCAGAUGAAGCCUCAUCAGAACAAGGAAAACAUCCAGAGGAAGCCAGGAAGCAGGCAAGAAGAAGCCCAAAUGGGAAAGACAAGAAUGCCUUGUCGCCAAGUUUAACCCCUUCAGAAAGCAGCCAGCAAGACACGUACUCUUCUUCAGGGGACAGCGAAGUGACAUUAGAAGGCUCCCUGGCAGACGCCAGUGAGACACUGAUGACAACUUGGUCCGAUGUCGUGGAACAGAAACAAGCUGAAAAGGAGAUAACUGGUCAAGAGGAACAGUCAAGAGUUGAGAUGCCAGAAAGAAAUCUCCAAGAACCACAAAUGCUGAAGAGCAGGGGAGAAGAUGAUCGUUUCCUCAUUUUGCAGACACACUUUGCCCAACAGCAGCGGCAGUUGCAAGAGCAGUAUGCUUUACAGGUGAAACACAUGCAACGGCAGUGGGCGGAGCUUCAGACCCAACAGGGACAGCAGCAAGAGGUCCUCCGCCACCUCCUGUCCAGACAACAGGAGAGAAUCACCCAGACGCACAGGGACAUACAAGGGGUGACGCAAGGCAAUGAAGGACAAGAGCCUGGCGAGGAAGCUGAUUCGAUGGAUGCAGAGAGAAGCACACCUACCUCAGACAAUACCAGCACAACGUAUUCCGACUUCACUUAUUGGAAACAGGCCGAGGAAGACACAUACAGAGCCUUGCCAGACGUUUCAAUGGAAGACGCUGCAAGAGGACAGGAGGGGCACCAACCAGAAAUGUCGGCUGCGGUUAGAUCUCCAAACCCCAACGGCCAAGGAUCACCUGAUCUCGCUGUCCAAUGGCCAGCCGCUGGCUCAGGGCAAAGGUCACCUCAUGUGUCAGGUCAGAGUUCGUCUCCACGCCGAUCUGGUGAUGAUGGCAACGCGGGAGAGGAUGCACAACUUACAUCAAGUCUGAGACUGAAUUUGCGUGAGAAACAUGCCCGCCACAUCGCUGACCUGAAGGCCUACUACGACAGCGAGAUCCAGGAGCUGCAGAACAAGCUGACAGAAGCCGCCUCCCUCCGAGACCACUCCCCCGACAAGGUCACGAGACGAACCAAUCAGAGGUUGCAGGACAACUGCGUCAGAUUGGAGGCAGCCUUGAAAUCGGCCAAUAGCCGGAUUGAGGAUCUGGAAAACACAGUAAAAGCUCUGGAAUCUAGACUGGGCGAAACCUACACCAGCACCGAUUCCUCCGUGGCCAACCUUGAGCAGAAGGUCAACGACCUCAAGCAGCUGUGCCGACACAAGGAGCUGGAUAUGCAAUCACUGGAGAAGAGAAACAGAGAACUGCAAGUCUCACUGGACCAGGCCUACCAGCUUCAAGAUGUUCAAGCAAUGGAUGAACACCGCGACCAAAAAAUUCUUAAAAAGGUCUUGAAUGAAUACAAAGCUUUGGCCGAGAAACAUGAAGUCACCAAGGAAUUGCUUCAUGACAUGGAGACACAGCUGUAUGAAUCCAAGGCAAAGAUUGCAGACUUAAGCAGGACAUUGUCACAUCUGGAGUUUGAGGUGAAACGGAUGGAUUUGGAGAGUUCAGUAGUGAAGAGACAGAGUCUGCCCAAGUCACUCAGUGGAACCAGUUUAAGAUCCAGAACCAGCCCAAAUACCACAUCAGCCACCGUCCCUGCUGCCGUGACUUCACCAGACGACAGACGCUCACAGGACAAAAACCACACCUCAGGGAUUGCGAAGGACACCAACAACCUCCCAGAUACAUCUGCCGCAAACCGCUCCGUGGAGGAUCGGAAGUUCCUGAGGCCCAGCGCCGACUACAACAUCCUGACGGGGGAGAAGCUGGUGUCGGAGAGUGGAAGCGAGAGUCUACAGUUUACGUCCGACACAGAAAGCCUAACGCAGUCUGAAGACAACAGAGCCAACUUGUCGGCCCCGGGUCGCCACAGCGACCUCGGAGUGCCCUUCGACACCGACAUGGAUGAGGAGCGCCCCCUAUCUCCGAUGAUGAAAGCGGCACGCCAAAUGGACAUAUGGAAAGCAGAGGAGAGCAUGAACGCGGGAGACAAUCAGGGACUUCUCCGGAAUGGUCUCAAUGGGAUGCACGUGACCGAGAAACCGGACGACAGGGCGCAUAGGUCAACUGAGCAUCGCCAUAAUCAGAGUGCCAACAAUUCUAGUCAGUCCUACCUCGUUGACACCCAAUCCCCCAGAGGAAGACUGGACGGUGGACCCUUGAGCCAGGAUUCAAGCAUUCACAUUUGGCCGGCUUCGGACAAGGGGACCCAGCGUUCCGCAGUACCGCCUGCCCCAGCGUCACAGCUCGGUGCGGCCCUGGCGCACAGCUCUCCCAAGCAACUGGCCCGGCAGAGCUUAGCCAAAGCCAUCAAACCAAAAGACCACGAUAUUUUUCCGGUCAGAGGUGCAAAGGAAAGCCCGCCAGAAACCUCAAAGCGGGGCAGCCCGGCCGCGGCAAGGCAGUCGUUUGAGAAAGCGCCCUCUUCUGUCAGGCCGAGAAAAUCGAAGGAGUCACCGAGGAGGCAGCUCUUUGGUGAUGGUAAAAGGAGUGAUAACAGAAGGCUAGUAAAAGGAGAAAACAUUGCUGAUUUUGUUCUUGCCAAAGUCCGAGCUGGUGACGUCCAGACCAGGGCAGAUUGGGAGGGUCUAGGCUCAUCAAGCAGUCAACGCAGUCAAACUCCCAAGAAACAGACAGAGACGAGUUUGGAUAUCGUCCAAUGCCUCAAUGAUCAUCAGAAGAAACUAGACCAGCUCAUGAUGGAGAAACGACAGCUGGAAACGACACUCAGUCAUGUUCCAAUCUCAGGAAGGGUGUCAAGACAGACACGGCAGGAUGAGGAGCGGCUUGAGCAGCGACUGGAACAUGUGACCCGAGAGCUUGGAUCAGUCCGGAUGCUACUUAGGAAGUACAACGCCCUCAAGAGCUCAAUAUAGGCCAGUUAGUCCCGACAAAAUGGGUUGGUUUGUCUGUUUGUUUGUUUUUAUCGGCAAGUCAGAGUCAGUUUUUCCUUUGAAUUGGUAAUGUGUUCAGUAGGAUGGUACUUGAAUGAACUCUGUGCAUUGACAAGAGAGGGCAGCGCUUUGUAACCACUUUUGAGGCUCCAGUGGGUGGGACAUACUGCGUGCACGUACUGGGGCAAAUUCGCGCAACAACCAUUAGUCAACCAAUGGUUGGUUGGUGUCAAACAGUGCGCACGCGCUGUAACGUUAAAGUGCGAACGACUCAAGUCGAACCAUUGUCAACAUGUGGUGGUCACGGGUAUGUUUGGAUUGUUUAUGUUCUUUGACCUGUUGAAUGAACUGGAAGAUACGUUCGAAACGAGGCUAUUGAUAACCAGCGAUGCGACCAGGCCCAGUAGGCUGGUUCCAAAUAGUCGACUAACGUAGUCCAACCAUCGUCAACUAGACAGAGUUCGGGCUAACUAAGUCGAACUAUGGUUGACAAUAGUUCUUGUGCCCCUGGUUUGCGGGUAUUGACUAAUUAUAUUUUAAGGGAGCACAAACCCGUAAUGGGUUUGUCUCACAGUCACUAUGUGGACAUGUGAACAAGAGAUGUCCACAUAAUGCAGGUUGUGUUGACGUUAUGUGGACUAAGCCGUGUCCACAUAACGUUUCACCCUCUCUGGAAAACAGGUUUAGAGGCAUUUUCGGGUUGGGGUUAUUCGUCGCAGAAUGAAUAGAAACAUUCAAGAAAAUC